AUGGCGGUGGUGGAAGGGGUCGCCGUGGACCUCCGGGGAAGGAGCUGGCGCGAAGGGAGGUUGUGCCGCCUGCUGCUGCUUCUGCUGUGGGUGACCCGUGCUGAGCAGAUGGAGGAGCACCUGAAGCGGGAGCACUCGCUCACCAAGCCGUAUCAGGGUGUAGGCUCUUCCAGCUCCUCUCUCUGGGAACUUAUGGGCAAUGCUAUGGUUAUGACCCAGUUUGUGCGCCUCACUCCUGAUGUUCAGAGCAAGCAGGGAGCUGUCUGGAACAGGGUGCCUUGCUACUUAAGGGACUGGGAGAUGCAAGCACACUUCAAAAUCCAUGGGCAAGGAAAGAAGAACUUGAAUGGGGACGGCUUUGCAAUCUGGUACACAAAGGAUCGCAUGCAGCCAGGGCCUGUCUUCGGGAGCAAGGAUAACUUUCUAGGGCUGGGAGUGUUUGUAGACACCUACCCAAAUGAGGAGAAGCAACAGGAGGCUCAGAAGAGGAGAUAUUCCUCAGGAAACCAGCGUGUGUUCCCUUAUGUCUCUGCCAUGGUGAGCAACGGCUCCCUAGCCUAUGACCACGACAGGGAUGGGAGGCCCACAGAACUGGGCGGGUGCACAGCAAUGGUGCGCAACCUCAAUCAUGACACUUUCCUGGUGAUCCGCUAUGUGAAGAGGAGGCUUACCGUCUUGCUUGACAUAGAUGGCAAGCAUGAGUGGCGAGACUGCAUCGACAUCCCAGGGGUCCAUUUCCCACGAGGAUAUUACUUCGGAGUAUCUUCUGUCACAGGAGACCUGUCAGAUAACCAUGACAUCAUUUCUCUGAAGUUGUAUCAGCUGACAGUUCAACGGACACCAGAAGAGGAGCAACGGGACAAAGAGGUCUUUCUUCCCAUUGUGGAGAACAUGAAACUGCCUGGAAUGGAAGCUCCUCUGGAACCAAUGAGUGGCCUUGCUCUGUUCUUGAUUGUCUUCUUCUCACUGGUUGCCUUGGUCUUUGCUAUCGUCAUUGGCAUUAUCGUCUACAACAAAUGGCAGGAACAGAGCCGGAAACACUUCUACUGAUCAGGAAGCAUCCUAGCCCAUUCUUCGGCAUUUUUUGCCUUCUAGACUACCACUGAUGGCAUCGGCAGGGGUGAUAGCAGAUUCAGGCAGCUAGUCUAUGAGUCCUUCCCUGUCAUGAGGACUCCAAUCCAUCUGGAUCUUGAAAAUUUGAAAUGGGAUUGGCUUUUGGCAUGGGGGCCUCCUUGUUUGGCCCUCAAUGGGGGAAGCAAUUAUGCCUGCCCCUUUCCACUUUGCCUUUUACAAACUGAGCUUACAGCCCUGGCAUUUCUGCAAGACUCAAUGGGUAUAAACUUAUCCUUAAUCAUGUGAUGUGAAAUGAACUUCUGUGUCACUGUGGGAAAAUCAAGAGACCUCCAGCCAGUGAACCCCACAGUUGGCAAUAGCUGCUGUGCCCCCAUGAAGCUGCCUUUGUGGAUUGGAAGCUAGGAGCUUUGGUUCAGCAGGGGGCAAGAUGGUGUUGCUUGCUGUGCUAUAGGGGGAAAGCAGGCCAUGUGCUCUGGAUGUCUUGCUGGGACCUCUUUUCACUAGCAUCUUGAAGAAGUACCUGCUUUGACUAGGUAAGUUGAGAGCCUGUAGCUGUAAAAAAUAGAGACCACCAUUCUCUAACCUACCACCCAAAUAUUCCUGCUUGUGGAAUAGGGGAACGAUGGAUGCUAAGCCUGGUGAAUAAAUGAGUGUGGCUACUUCCCAUGGCUAUUUCACAUCCUGAAGAAAUAGAAGCAUCUUUCCUCCCGUCCUCAUCCCUUUUUUCCUUCCUUGAGACUUAUGCCUGCUCUGAUUGUUUAUAUAAAUAAAUUGUAAACGAACAAAGUGAGGCAUAGCAGCCAGCCCCUUCCUGAGGAAUUAAAGGUGCCUUUCCUUUUUCAAGGGUAAAGAGCCUUGAUUAAUCUACCAAGAAUAAUUGAGAUCGUGUUGAUUUUUAUAACCAAAUGGUGGUAGGUGUAGAAACUCAAAUAAGGGCCUCCUUUCUCUAGGAAAGCGUGUUGGGAGACGCCUCAGUUUUCAGCAAAAUCUCCUCAGUUUUGACCACCACUGUGAGGCAGCCUUAGAAUAUUCUAGAGAAUGCAUUUGCAGUUCAGGUAGUCCAUUGUGCCCCACAUGGAUGUCCCGGCGUCAGUUCCAGAAUCCUCUGCAAAUUCACAAGCGUUCCGUGGCAAGAGUGCAGGGGCUUCCUGAGACAGGCUGAAAUGCAAAGGUCUCUACAAAGGUAGAAAGCUGCUUUCAAAAAGGCAAAACUGCUGUAGGGCAAACACAACUUGUUUUCGUUGCUGUGACGCUACCUCCUUUCUCCGAAGGAAUUUGAAUGUACCUGCUCCUGACUGGUAUUCCAACACCCCAUCUCCUGGUGACUAAGAGGAUCCUCCCCUCCCUACAUGCUCUGAGUUUCCCUUUCCUUAUUGGUCAGAAUAUUUUUAUUUUUUGGUGUCUGCCAAGGAUUGACCUUGGUUGAAGGAAAUGUCUCUUGUUGCUGGGUCUGUUACCAGGGGAAUUUUGUGCUGCUUUUUCACAUUUCUCCUCCUUUCUUUGCUGGAGACAUGUUGUCUGGGCUCUCCUCUCAUGAAGCUGGCUUAAAUCCAUGGGGGAGAAGAGCAGUGCCACUUUCCACAAGUGUUGUGCAGUGCUUCUGUAGAGGCUGGCCGGUAGAUGCUCUGCACAGCAGGCCAGCCUCACCUUGCCCUCUGAUCACUGGACUGUACCGCAUACUACCUUUGUAGCCUCUCCCUUCUUUUCCCAGUGUCAAAGUUCAAAAAAACAAACAAACCACACAAAGGUCAUGUUAAGUGAUGCUGAUGGGUCUGAAGUAGACUUGUACACAAAAUUGCUUGUUGCAUUUUUUUGUUGUUCUCUAAAGAAUGUUUCCUUAAAACCAUUUAAUGGUCUUUUUUAAAAAAAGCUAAUGUUCCCCU